AAAAAUAUGAUGGAAACAAAGGGUUUGCAGAGGUGGGUACUGAUGUUAGUUUCGGUAUGGGUUUGUGGGGUUGGAUGUUUUGGUUGUUGAGAGCAAGGGAGAAUUGCUCUCUUGCAACUCAAAGCUUCCAUCAACUUCCGACAUGGAACGUCUUUACCAUCUUGGGAGGACACAGUGGAAG